CAGUCACAUAUUUUUGAAAAUUCAUUUGGUAUUUAAAAUGCCCACAGAGGAUUUAAUUUAUUACGAAAUCACCCUUCUGUGUCUUUCACAGGGUCCUUCUUAGUUUCACUUCAAGCCCAAUCCAUUAUCUCAUUCACCUGCAGAACUGCAGAAGGCCAAAAAAAGUUUGGUCCUGCCAGUGAAUUCAACACGAAUCCAGGGGCAUUUUGGUCAUUACGGCUUCAAAAGAUAUGAAGACAUUCCUCAGCGAGAACAAGGGAGGCACAGUGACUGACAAAGGGAAGAAGAAGCUCAACAACACAACAGGCGCCUAGAUAGAGGGGAAAAAAUAAAAACACGGGAGCUGAAAAAAAACGAAAAAGGGAACAGCUACGUAUCAAAGGAAAUGGUCAAAGCUCAAGCCUGCUGUGGUAUAAAACUGAUUUGCUUUCAAAGGCACAAAAAAAGACAUAUGUAAUGCACUCAAUUGCAUUUGUUUCAUUUGCUGAAAGUUCAAAACAGUUAUCAAGACAUAAUUCAGCCAGUUCUAUAUGGAGAAUAAGCAAUUGAUCAAUCCUCCUGUUGCAAAUGGUGAGUCUGAGGAUUCUGAAGAUGAUAAACCAUUGAGUGCCAAACUUUCUGCACGAUUACCAAAGGGCAAUUCCCAUGUUUUAAAGGGACUUAGUUCCCCGGUAUUACAGUCACAAAAGACUAAGGUUGAUGUCAAGAAGUCUGAUGGUGAUUCGGAAGAUGAAGUUCCUUUGUCAUCAAAAUUCCCAUUGAAAACCUAUGUGAGGUCUUCUUCUGGAAAGUCACUUGGUUCAAAGGGACUUAAUUCACCUUCUCUUAGCUCACAUCCUCCAGAGACGAAGGUUGGCGUCAAGGAGUCCUCUGAUGAUUCAGAAGAUGAAAUUCCUUUGUUAUUAAAGUUACAAUUGAAAUCCAGGAAAGGGGCAUCUUCAAGCAAGUUGCUUGACUCAAAGGGGCUCAGUUCACCUGCUUCUAGCCGGCCACAAUCUCAGAAGGCUAAGGUCAACAACAAGAACCUUUCUGAUGAUUCAGAAGAUGAAAUCCCUUUGUCAUCAAAAUUCCGAUUGAAAACUGGUAUGGGGGCAUCUUUGGAUAAACUGGAUAACUUUGAUGAGAAGAAGCCCUUGACUUCUACACUGAAACCCAAUGGCAUCAGUAAGAAAGAUGAUGAACGGGUAAAAUCUCCCAAAGGUCAGAACAAGAGGCCUCUAGGUCAGGCGAAUACUUCACACCAUUCUUCAUCUAAAAAACCAAAGCUUUUGGAUGGAUCUGUUAAAGGCAAAGUAAAGCAAGUAUCUGUGAAAGCAGAGCAAAAGGAUGACGAUGACGACGACAACGAUGAUGAUGAUGAGUAUACUCCUACUGUCAAGAGACUGAAGAAGUCAGUUUCCUCAGAUAAUAAAAAAGCAUCGAAAACAAAAGUUAUCCCCUCAUCACGAAAGAAGGCAACCAAGAAAGCCAAGAAAUCCAAGAAAUUGGCAAAGAGUUCAAAAUACUCCAAGUCAACAAAAGUACCUCCCAACUCUGGUGAAGGACAGAAGUGGACUACAUUGGAGCACAAUGGGGUUAUUUUUCCACCUCCCUACAAGCCUCAUGGAGUUAAAAUGCUCUACAAUGGUCGCCCAGUUGAUUUGACUCCUGAACAGGAGGAGGUUGCAACAAUGUUUGCAGUAAUGAAAGAUACAGACUAUGCAACCAAACCGAGAUUUAUAGAGAACUUCAUGAAUGAUUGGAGAGUGAGACUUGGAAAAAAUCAUGUAAUUAAGAAGUUUGAACUUUGUGAUUUCACUCCAAUAUAUGAAUGGCAUGAGAAGGAAAAGGAGAAGAAAAAGCAAAUGACUACAGAAGAGAAGAAGGCCUUAAAAGAAGAGAAAUUGAAACAAGAAGACAAGUAUAUGUGGGCUGUUGUUGACGGUGUCAAAGAAAAGGUUGGAAAUUUCAGAGUAGAACCACCUGGGUUGUUCCGUGGUCGUGGGGAGCAUCCAAAGAUGGGAAAGCUGAAAAAACGCAUUUGUCCAAGUGAUAUUACAAUAAAUAUUGGAAAGGAAGCCCCUGUUCCAGAAUGUCCUAUUCCUGGUGAAAGGUGGAAGGAAGUCAGGCAUGACAAUACCGUUACAUGGUUAGCAUUUUGGAAUGAUCCUAUCAAUCCAAAAGAAUUCAAAUAUGUCUUUCUGGCAGCCAGCAGUUCCUUGAAAGGACAAAGUGACAAGGAGAAAUAUGAAAAAGCAAGGUUGCUGAAGGACUAUAUACAAAAUAUCAGAGCAACCUACACAAAGGAUUUCACGAAUAAAGAUACUAUGAAGCGGCAAAUUGCAGUUGCUACAUAUCUCAUUGACAAGCUGGCUCUCAGGGCUGGCAAUGAGAAGGAUGAUGAUGAGGCUGAUACGGUUGGUUGUUGCACCUUGAAAGUGGAAAAUGUUGCAUUAGUUCCUCCAAACAAGUUGGAGUUUGAUUUUCUCGGUAAGGAUUCCAUUAGAUACUUCAACACCGUUGAAGUUGAGCUUCCUGUGUAUAAAGCUAUUGGGCAAUUCAAGACUGGUAAAAGUGGUGGGGAUGAUCUUUUUGACAAGCUGGAUACAAGUAAGCUGAAUGCUCACUUGAAGGAACUCAUGCCUGGCCUCACUGCAAAAGUUUUCCGUACAUAUAAUGCAUCUAUCACUUUGGAUGAGAUGUUGAAUAGAGAAGCCAGGGGUGGGGAUGCAAUGGAGAAGAUUGUCAUUUAUCAGCAUGCAAACAAAGAGGUUGCCAUUAUAUGCAACCAUCAACGUAGUGUCUCAAAGUCCCAUGACGUACAAAUGUCAAGGUUGAGUGAGAAGAUGAGGGAGCUUCAGGGUGUUUUGGAUGAAUUGAAAACAGACUUGGCGAGGGCAAAGAAAGGGAAGCCUCCAUUGAAGGAUUCUGAUGGGAAGCCAAAGAAGAACAUGACCCCAGAAGUGUUAGAGAGGAAGAUUGCCCAAACCAAUACAAAGAUUGAGAAAAUGGAGCGAGAUAUGAAAACCAAAGAGGAUCUAAAGACAGUAGCAUUGGGCACCUCAAAGAUCAAUUAUCUUGAUCCCAGAAUAUCAGUUGCAUGGUGCAAACGCCAGGAAGUUCCAAUUGAGAAGAUAUUCAAUAAAUCUCUUCUGGCAAAGUUUGCUUGGGCAAUGGAUGUUGAUCCGAGUUUCAGAUUCUGAUGUCAAUUAUUAUGGCUCUGGGAGCAUUCUCCAUCACUGAGGUCAUUUUACCUUUCACUACAACUCUUCACAUUUUUCUCUUUCCCCGGCUGGAAUUUCAAUGUUAUACAUGCAUCUUUUGAUUGCAUGUAGCAAUUGCACCCCUUUUCCAUGUCAAAUCAAAUGAGUGAGGUUAAUUCGCUAAAAGAAUGUUGGCUUGAAGUUUACAUUUUCAAAUAUGUAGAGUAAGAAUUAUUAAAAAAAAAAGUAAUUGUUGAAUGCCUCUAAUGGUUUAAUGAUAUUAUGAUACUGAUGUUUUUAGACA